UCUAUCAGCGUCCGCUGGUGCUCGCAAUCUACUAAACAGUUUUAAUUUUCUAUUCGAAGUGUACGCUUUGUGCCGCGGUGCAACGGCGUAAUUACAUAAAACAGCAUACAGAAAGUGUGUUCAAACGAACAGACACAUACGGUUGUUGGACCAAGUGUGUCUCAAGCCAAUCAAACAACACAACAGGGGCACGCAAAGACAGACAGACAGGCCCCCCUCGGCGACAAACGACGUUUUGUAUUUGGAAGUGCAAGUGUGCGAAUGUUUAUAGUAAAUCAACAGCGGCCAUAAAGUUUCAAUAAUAUUCAGUGAAUAUUUCAUACAAUAAUCUAAACAAAACGCUGUGCGUGUCACUACUUCGCGCCGACGAAAGGAAACUCGCGAGGUUAAAUCAAGAGUAACAUAAAAAAAAAUAACGAAAAAAGAAAGCAAAAAAAAGCCAUGCAAUUUAUCGCGAAGUAAACAGUUUUGUGUUGUGUGACAAUUUGAAUAAAAGCGAAAAUGUUUUGCGAGUUUGUUUAGGGCAAAUACAUGAUGAUGAAACUCUGAAUGAAAAAAGCUGUGUUUUUUGGGCGCGUGGAACCAAACUGCUGAUCGACACUGCCAUAAUAAGUGAAUAAAGCAACGAGCUGCGGUAACGUCAAUGCGUCGUGCAGGCAAAAUUGCGUGGAAAGUAAAGUAACAAAAAUACAACAACAACAACAACAAUACAAGUGUGUACUAAAAACUGCAACGAAAGUAUUACCAUUGCAAGCACCUACUCCCAAACUACUGCCUUUUUGUCGUAACACAGUACUUGCAACAACAUUCCCGUGUCAUAACGGACAUCAUUUUAAUAUAAGUAGUUUCAAAACUUUACAUUGUACAUAAGCAAUAAAGCGUCAAAAUGUUUGAUGUGUUCGGCUCCGUCAAGGGGCUGCUGAAGAUCGAUCAAGUCUGCAUCGAUAACAAUGUCUUCCGCAUGCACUACAAGGCGACGGUGAUCAUAUUGAUCGCCUUCUCGCUGCUCGUCACCUCGCGCCAAUACAUUGGUGAUCCCAUCGAUUGUAUUGUCGAUGAAAUUCCACUCGGCGUUAUGGACACAUAUUGCUGGAUUUACUCUACAUUCACCGUACCGGAACGUUUGACCGGCGUUACCGGACGCGAUGUUGUACAACCGGGCGUCGGUUCGCAUAUAGAUGGCGAGGAUGAGGUGAAAUAUCACAAAUACUAUCAGUGGGUAUGUUUUGUGCUCUUCUUCCAGGCCAUUAUGUUCUAUGUGCCACGCUAUUUGUGGAAAUCAUGGGAAGGUGGUCGCCUCAAAAUGCUCGUGAUGGAUUUGAAUAGUCCCAUUGUGAAUGAGGAGUGUAAAAAUGAUCGUAAAAAGAUAUUGGUCGAAUAUUUCUCCAACAAUUUGACACGUCACAAUUUCUAUGCAUUCCGUUUCUUCGUUUGUGAAGCAUUGAAUUUCGUCAAUGUUAUUGGUCAAAUAUUCUUUGUGGACUUCUUUUUGGAUGGUGAAUUCUCUACAUACGGCAGUGAUGUAUUGAAAUUCACCGAAAUGGAACCGGAUCAACGUGUCGAUCCGAUGGCGCGUGUCUUUCCGAAAGUCACCAAAUGCACAUUCCACAAAUACGGUCCAUCUGGUUCGGUGCAAAAGUUCGACGGUCUUUGUGUGUUGCCGCUGAAUAUUGUCAAUGAGAAAAUCUAUGUAUUCCUGUGGUUCUGGUUCAUCAUUUUGAGCAUAUUAUCUGGUAUUUCGCUGGUUUAUCGUAUGGCUGUUAUAAUGGGACCGAAACUACGUCAUUUGUUGUUGCGUGCCCGUUCCCGUUUGGCCGAAAGCGAUGAGGUCGAAGCUGUGGCAAAUAAAUGUAAUAUCGGUGAUUGGUUCCUGCUGUAUCAGUUGGGCAAGAAUAUCGAUCCAUUGAUCUAUAAGGAGGUGAUAUCGGAUUUGGCGCGUGAAAUUGGCGAAAAUUCGAGCAGCAAAGAACAGUUCGCCGCUUAGUGGCCGCAAAUGGCCACUUCUUUAGUGCGAAUAGCAACGUGAGUGCCACUGAAUACUAAACUAAGAUGCUUCAACAUCCUCCAACACCAUAUACAUGCAAGCCACAUACAUACAUAUCUACAACUACAAUCUGCAAGCAACCAACAUACAAAUAUACAAGACGCACAUAAAAGCAAUAAGUAGAUUACACAAAAAACACGAUUCCACACACACACAAUGCUCAGUCAUUUGUACACACAAAUACACACACUCAUGAGAUGACAUGAGUUGAGAUUCCUUUGCAAUGCAGCCACAUAACGGUAUGCCACUGCGUUCUUUACACAUUAAGACAGGUGUAGAGACGCACUGUGACAUGCCUUAAUAAAAUUAUUGAAAUAAAUAAAUAUUUUACACAUUAACUUCGAUAUCAAAACGCGAAUUUUAUACAUAUUUCAACUAUAGUAUGUAUGUAUACAAAUGUUUUAAGGGUUAAGAAAUAAUUAUACAUAAAUAAAGUUAACUGAGAUUGGAGGAAAAUAAAAAACAAAAAGAAAAACGCAAAGUCUACAAAUUAUCGAAAAAAUAUAAAUAAAAAAUAAAUAAAAACAAAAUGCAACAACAACACUCCAUUAAAAGUAAUGCCUACAAAUCAAAAUGCGCAAAGUUAACAUUCUAAAAAAGAAAUACAUUUUUUAACACCAUAUAAAAAAAAAAAAUAAAAUAUUAUUAAAAAAAUAUAAAAAUAAAGGGAGUUGAGCUUGUGAAUUUCAAAUCUAUUAGUUUUUUGCUAAUGAGAGUAAAAAUAAGUAAAAACAAAAACAAAUACUGAAACUAUACAUUUUCAUAUACAAUUACUAUAGAAAACAAAAACAAAAAGGAAAAGCAAGCAAAAAAAAUUGAAAACACUAAAUGAGCAUUCAAUUUUUUUUAUAUACAUACAUACAUAUUAAAAUAAGAGUUGUGAUCAUUGAUUAAGAAAUUUAUUAUUAUUGAUACUGGUAGCGUUUUACUCGUAACGGCUGCUGAACGCGGCGCCGCUGAUUAGGGUAAAAACAGUUAAUGCUUAUAAAGACAUUUGCAAACACACACAAACACAUACAUGAUAAUAAUCAUCGUCAUAAACAACAAUAAUGCUAAACGAAACUAAGCAAAGUACAGAGCAGCGAAUUAUACUUUGAAAUACUUUGAUGGCGUAACGCAUACUGCUUCUACUACAUACAAACAACAACAAAACUGCUUAUUGAAAAUUAUACUUUUAAAUUAAUUUAAUUAAAUUUUUUUAUUUUGAAAUUUUUUUCGUAAAUGUAAGCGAUUUUAUUUAGCAUACCCUUUUUUAUAAUUUAAUUAAAUAAAAAAAAAUAGUUUCAUAUUUAAUUUUAGCGCAAUUUUUUGAUUUUUUUUUAUAAAAAAUGUACUAAACAUGUUGAUGAAAGUGAAGCGAAUUCAACUAAUUUUUUUUGGUUAGCAUUUUAGCUUAUAAUCUCUAUUAUAAAAGCACGCGAAAUAUGAGUAUUUUUCGCAAUUAGCCAGUAAGCGCUUUGAAUAUAAUAUAUAUGUAUUUACUUUAAAGUUUAUUCAACUUUUUUUUUAGUUGUAUUUUUAAUUAUUUGAGAUACAUAUAUAAAUUAAUUUAUAAAAAUAAAGACUCAGAAGCAAUAACGGUAAAUAUAUAUGUAUAAGAAUGUAUAAAGGCGACGAUAUAACAAAAAAUGUGUGUAGCAUGCCAAGCAGUUGACUUCGUUUUAACAAGCGCACGCUGAGAAGUGAGUACUUUGGAGUUAUGCUAUUUUUUGUUAAUAGAACGAUAAAUACAUUUUAAAUAUACACAUAUAUAUUUUUUUAGAUAAUAAUUAAGUUAAUUAUUAUGAAAGACGAACAUUUGAAUAAAGAAGAACAACUGAAUUUCAAUAAUAAA